AAACUUGUAAGAGUCCAAGCCCAAUCGUGGCGAGUGCUUGAUUGAGAUAAAUAAUAAUGAACUUUAACGUUAUGGAGAUUAAGUUGCAUUUACGAAGGCAGUCAUAUUGUAUCAGUGACCUUACUUCGAUGACAAAAUUUCAUAAAUGUUCGUCUCAACGUAUUCCUACGGGUCCUUAAACACGUAAGAGAGAUCAUAAUCUCUGCUAUAUCUACGCCAGAUUCUCGCCGGGGAUAAUCCUGCGAAUAAAUCUCAGACAAAUUGCUGGUCGAUAGCUAGGAUGCAUCCAAGCGCUUGUGUAGUGUGUUCGCGUCGGCGGAUGGAUUUAUUCGUCUCGCAACGUAUUAGACAUUAGACGAUUGAAAUUACUCCGUUGAUAUAGUCUCAGUUGCUGGGCACUUGUGUUUAUAGAACGGAGUACAGUGCCUUUAGAACAAAAAGAACACGUUUCCUCCGAUAACGUGUGUUCAGUUUUUACAAAAAUGCGACCAGUACCGUUUAUCACUGAGUAAGCGAGGGACUGCGUUUAGUUUUUUUAUGUUAUAACAAAACAGUUGAACACGAUGCUUGGUGCAAUAUUGUUUUUGUUGAUUAGUAUUUGUGAUAAUAUAUCCGGGUAUAAACCUAUGCUCGCCAAAAGCACUGCGAAACGUCCUGAAGAACCUGACUAUAAAGUAUCAAUGGUGGCGUCCGAGGAGCACGCGGGCAGCCCCGCGCUUUUCACACAUGGCGAGAGCCCCGUGUGGGACGCCGAUACUCAGAGCCUGUAUUUCGUGGACGUUUUGGAGCAAAACAUACACCGCCUCCACUAUGGGACGGGGCAGAUAUUCACUAAACACAUAGGUUACGGGCAAGUGAACGUUGUAGCACUGGUGGAAGGUAGCAGUCGUCUGCUGGUUGCCGUUAGAGCAGGAUUGUAUCUUCUCGACUGGCAAACGGAGGGCGACGCCUCGUUACGCCUGCUGGCAACAGUGGACGACGGAAUGCCUGACAACGUGAUCAACGAAGGCAAGCCGGACGCCGACGGACGGUUCGUGGCGGGUACAAAAGGCCCUCAAACAGGCGACGACGUGUUGGCUGACAAAGCCACUCUGUACAGCUUUGAUCAGAACUCGCUGCGGAACCCGCGCGCGCUCCUCCGGCCCGUCAGCAUCUCCAACGGCAUGGCCUGGUCGCCCAACAACACCGUCAUGUACUACGUCGACUCGCCCUCCCAGAAGAUAGAGGCGUUCGACUAUGACUUGGUCACUGGGGACAUUAGUAACCGAAGGGCCAUCUUCGAUAUCACGCAACACGGAUACAACGAUGCGAUCCCCGACGGCAUGACCAUAGACACCGAAGGCCAUCUUUGGGUGGCGCUCAUGUUCGGUGGGGCGGUGCUGCACAUAAACCCGGACUGCGGACAGCUAAUAGCGGCGUACACGCUCCCGGCGGCGCGCGUGACGUCGCUGUGCUGGGGCGGGCCGCGGCUGGACGAGCUGUUCGUGACCACGUCGCGCGAGGCCCCGCUGGGCGGCGCCGUCUUCACCAUCCGCGGCACGCAGCGCCGCGGCCUCGCGCCUAACAAGUUCCACUUCGACGGCGCUGAUAGAUACUGAACUUUAUGCUACCUAUAUAUUUUGACGAUUACAAAUUUUAGUUUAUUUUACAAACCUUUCCCAUGCAAACGGAGUUUCGUUCGCAUUUUUAAACUACGGGUUGGAUUGUAAUAAAACUUUGCACAUACAAUGACAUGAGGUAUAUCUAGGGUUGACAUGAUUUUAUAUUGCUCCAUCUUAUAAAACAAACGAAAUAGAGCAAAAACAAGUUUCGUAUGAAAAUUUUAAAUUCGCUGCUUUUUUUAACUAUGGUAUCUGAGGCUACAUAAAAUAAUUACAUACCUUAUCCUAUUGUAGGUACAAAGUUUCAGAGCAAGCUAGCUAGUCGUUUUAAAACGAAAGCGUAACUUCGUUUGUAUAGAGAACUGAGCUUCCCCACAAGUACUCCUGAUAUUUAUCAGUGUCGUAAAACUUUAAUAUUAUUAUUCCAGUCCGUAACUAAAUGUUAGUGCCAAAUACGGAUAACUGGGCUAAAACUAGUUCAGAGGAUGAAGAGGAGGCGGUUAUUACUUAUUAUAUUAUAUAUUCAUGCAAUUAAUUGAAUUAAUUCUAAUUCCAACAUCUAAAAAUAUUGUAAAAAACUCAAAUAGGUACUUACUAAUAUAUCAUGCAGUGAAUAUUUGUGACCGCGGCCGGCAAAACGUCCCACUUUGUCGCUUGCAUAAGGCCGAGAUUUGCUUUUAUCUUUAUACGAAUAACUUGUCAAGGAGUCCUUAUGGCAAGCGACAAAGUGGGACGUUUUGCCGGCUGCGGUCACAUUUAAAUAAGUAGUAAAUUAUUUAAUCUGAAAUAAUUUAUUACAGGACAUGCAUACAACAAGAUAAUAACAAGAUUUAAAUGUAGUAACAUUUUAAACGUCCAUCAAUAAAUAACGCAUAAAUAACUAAACAUCACAUUACGACAGCGAGAUGACUAA